AUGGCAUUCUCACUCCAUCCCACUAUCGACAACGGAACCACCAAAGGUGCCGCCAACUUCACUGGAGGUACUCUUUACUGCCAUUGUCCCUCUGACAAGGUGGCCGUCACCCUGAAAGGCAAUGUUCUUCACAAUCAUGCUUGCGGCUGCUCCAAAUGCUGGAAGCCAAAUGGCGCGCUCUUCUCUAUUGUCGGAGUUAUUCCCCGCGACUCCGUCUCGGUAACUGCCAAUGGAUCCAAGCUCCAUAUUGUGGAUCCAGAGGCAACAAUCCAGCGCAAUGCCUGUAAGGACUGCGGCGUUCACCUAUUUGGUCGGAUCGAGAAAGACCAUGCUUUCAAAGGCUUAGACUUUGUGCACGUGGAACUGUCCGAUGUGGAAGGCUGGCAGGAACCACAAUUUGCGGCGUUUGUGUCCUCUAUUAUCGAACAGGGAUUCAAUCCCAAGGAUAUCGACCAGGUACGAGGAAAGUUUAAAUCCGUCGGGCUUGAGAAGUACGACGUUCUUUCCCCCGCACUGAUGGAUCUGCUGGCGACCUUCACAGCUAAGCAAGCGGGUCUCCUCUAA